AUGGAUAUGCAAGAAGUAAAGUUAUUCAAUGCGGAGUUAUCCGGGUUGUACGACAACAAACCGCCUAUCUCGAAGGCUAAAAUGAGUGCCAUCACAAGAGGUGCUAUAAAGGCCAUAAAGUUCUAUAAGCAUGUUGUGCACAGUGUAGAAAAAUUCAUACAAAAAUGUAAGCCUGAAUACAAAGUUCCUGGUUUGUACGUGAUUGAUUCAAUUGUGAGGCAGUCCCGUCAUCAAUUCGGACAAGAUAAGGAUGUAUUUGCGCCACGAUUUGCGAAGAACAUGCAGCAAACGUUCGCCAACCUAUUCAGAUGUCCACCAGAAGAUAAGCGUAAUAUAAUCCGUGUGCUGAAUCUAUGGCAAAAGAAUAAUGUAUUUGGACCGGAAGUUAUACAGCCUUUACUGGACAUGGCAGACCCAAACCACCCAUUGCACCAAGAAAUCCAGCAACAGCAAAAUAAUACUGCCAACGGGAGCAGUUUGAAUAUCACCCACAACACUACAGAUAGUAAAAUAUCCCCUGUACCACCACCACAGCAUACCCCCCAUGCUUCUACUCCUAUGGGUGACCAGUUUCAGGAUCAGCCAUCAGGUCCACCACCAGGUGUCAAAUUUAACCGCAAGUUGCUGAAUGACUUUGAGUAUGAAAGCGAAGAUGACACGGUUGGGAUGGAACCCCCUCCCUCCUCGACGCAUACAACGCAUUCUACCCACUCGUCGCAUCAGACACACUCUUCGCAUCAGAGCCAUUCAUCACAUCAAGCACACCAGACUCAUGCAUCUCAUCAGAAUCAACAUCACCAGACACAUCCGUCGCAUAAUCCAACAGAUGCACUUGGCAGCAUUCUCACAAACCCUGAGAUCAUGCGACAGCUGCAGAGCUUGCAAGCACAAAUGCAGAUGAUGACUGGUAUGCAGAUUCCAAAUUUAAUGCCUAUGAUGUCCGAUAUGCAAUUACAACAAACUACAAAUCAAGGCCUACCUUUCUUGAGUUCUCAACAAGACCAACAGAAACAAAAUGAGCCCAAAGAAGACAUGGCAAAUGAGUCCGACAUAGAGUUUGUGGAUGCCGGACCACAAGUUAUAGAAAUACCUGAUGCAAAUGACUCCAGAAGCCCAUCCCCGAAAUCCCGUCGCCACCGUUCGCGUUCGAAGUCGCCAAAGCGACGCAGACGUUCGCGUUCACGAUCGCGUUCGCCCAGGAGGCGGAGGGACCGAGACAGAGACCGGGAGAGAGAUAGAGAUAGGGAAAGGGAAAAGAGCCACAAAGAGAGAGAAGCUGAGAAAGAGAAGCAAAGGGAAAGAGAGAAAAAGGGAUUGCCACCGAUUAAAAAAGAAAACCUAAGUGUGUGCAGCACUACGCUAUGGGUGGGGCACCUGUCUAAGCUGGCGACCGCGGAGGAGCUUUCGGACUUGUUCGGCGCGUUCGGCGGCGUGCAGUCCAUCGACGUGGUGGCGCCGCGCGGCUGCGCCUUCGUGGUCAUGGAGCGCCGCAGGGACGCCGCACGCGCGCGCGAAAAGCUCGACAAGCACAAGCUGCACUCCAAGGAGAUCACGGUUGCGUGGGCGGCGGGCAAGGGUGUGAAAGGGCGCGAGUGGAAGGACUACUGGGAGGCGGAGUUGGGCGUGGCCUACCUGCCGUGGGACGCGCUGCACCAGCGCUGGCUGCUGGGCGCGCUGUCGCUCGACGCGCUGGAGGACGGCGGCGCCGUGGACGAGGACACGCUGCCGCCCUGGCUGCCGCCCCGGAUAAUCCCGAAGGCGAUGAUGGACGGCAUGCCGAUGAUGGGCACAAUGCCGCUACCGGGCGUGCCUGGCGUGCCGGCGGUACCGGGCGUGCCCAGUGUGUCGGGUGUGCCGGGUGUGCCGGGCGUGCCGGGUGUACCGGGUGUACCGGGCGUACCGGGUGUUCCGGGGGUGCCUAGUGUGUCGGGCGUACCGGGCGUGCCUGGUGUACCGGGCGUACCGAGCGUGCCGGGCGUGCCGCACGCAGCUGCGCUGCCCGUACCCGUACCCGUGCCCGUACCGCGCAUGCCUCCGCCUGGAAUGACUCCGGGCAUCCCGCCGGGCUUUGCUCCAGGAAUGCCGCCUGGAAUGAGACCGCCCAGUAUACCAACAGGAGUGCCAGGACUACAACGCGACGGUCCACUCUUGGGCUUCCCGGGCGGAAUGCCGCCGCAAUCCUUACCCCAGCCAGGCAUGGUGGGCGGGUUCCUGGGCGGACUGGUGGGCGGGCUGAUGAUGCCAAUGCCGCACCAUCCCCAGCACCAGCACCAUCAUCCGGGGACCAGUGUGAGCACAGCCACUAACAACCACAAUGCGAACGACAACACGGCGGCGGACGACGCCAUGGACCUGGACCCCGACGACUCGCACUCGGAUGCACGAGAGCCGGCCUUGUUACCCGAUCAAAUCCAAGCGCUAAUGUCGAAGCCGCCGCCCAUCUUCAAUUCGUCGGAGCCGCCGCCUAAGUUCACCCCUACGGAAGCUCCGCCCUUCGACGCGUCGCAGCCUCCCCCCGCGCACCCGGCUAACCCGGCGCCGCCCGCCCCCGCUCGCGCCCCAUCCCCCGCCACCGCUGCAGCGGCCGCGCCCGCGAACGCCGAAGAGAAGCGCGAUGAGGAGCGACGCGAUCGCGACAAGGAGCGCCGCGACCGAGACCGAGGCGAACGGGACCGGCGAGACCGCGGCGACCGCGACAGAGGAGACCGGGACCGCAGGGACCGGGAUCGGGACCGCCGCGACCGCGAUCGGGACCGAGGCGGCAGGGACCGCGACAGAGAAAGAGAUGACCGGCGAGAUCGCGACCGCGAUAGAGGUCGAGACCGGAGAGACAGAGACCGCGACAGACACAACAAGGAUAGUAAUAACAGGGACCGUAGCAGGGAGAAAUCCCCACGUGGCAGCGGUGGUAGUGGCAGUGGGCUUGAAGGCGAGAAGAGUCUGCAGGAGAGACUGUGGGAAAUGGCCAACGGGGCCUCUGAAGCACGCACCAAUCGGGAUACACGUGAUGCGCGUGACUCACGAGACUCCCGUGACUCACGGGACCCUCGUGACACACGGGACCCUCGCGACGCACGGGACUCGCGUGACAAACGUGAACCCCGUGACCCACGGGAUCACACACCUGUGCACGACGACAAUGAAGGUGGACCGCCAUCGGUUGAAGACGCACCGGGAAGUGGAGGGCCACCAGCAGUCGGGGGACCCAUGGGAGCCGGUGGACCCCAAGGGGGUCCGUCGGGUGCAAGUGUCCCACCAGGAACUGGAAUGCUUCCGGGUCCUGGGGGGCCGUCGAGUGUUGGGAUGCCACCGGGUGCUGUAAUGGCACCGGGUUCCGGGAUGCCACCCGGUAUCGGAUUACCGCCGGGAGCCGGUAUGCCCCCAGGAUUAGGGGGGCCUCCGGGACCUCCGGGCUGGCCGCCGCGACUCGGCCCUCCACCAUUCCGCCCCGAAAUGAGAAUGAGGGGGCCGCCCUUCGGAGCACCUAUAAGAGGGCCAUGGAUGGACAUGCAGGGGCCUCCGUUUGGGCCUCGCUUCAACGGAAUGGGGCCUCCGCCCUUCAACAGGCCGCCCUUCGACAGACCUCCAUUUGAUGGCGGGCCCAUGUUUGACGGACCCCCACGCUUCGAGAGACCUCCUUUCAACCGCAUGCCCUUCGACAUGAACAGACCACCUUUUGAUGGUCCGAGGCCACCUUUCGACGGACCUCGACCUCCGUUUGAUGGUCCUCCCAGACAAUUCGACGGCGAAAGGCCUUUCGAUGGUCCCAGAUUCGAAGGUCCCCCAGAAUUCUUCGAUAGGAGCAAUAGAAGGUUUGAAGAAAGGGAACAGUCUAACGAAAGGGGCUGGAACGGAGACAGGGAAAAAGAUCGCGAUUGGGACAGAAGAAACGAAUGGGACGACAGGAGAAAAGAACGCAGAAGUAGAGAACGGGAAGACAGAUUUAGAGAUAGAAAUGACAGGAGAAAUAAUUUUGAUGAGAGACCGAGGCAGUCGCGAGACGAUAGGACUCCUAGAAGAGAUAAGGACAGGAAGUCACGUUGGGGCGCUCCCGAUGAAAACGUACAAAGUGAAGAACAAGAAAACGUUCAAGAAGAUAGAGCUGAAAUGGAAAGUCAGGAAGUUGGAAACGACGUUCAAGAGAUGGUAGAAACUAGUCAAUAUGAACAAAAUGUACAUAACGACGACUAUAACGAAGAUAACACGAUGGAAGAAGGAGAAAGGCAGCAAGAUACGUCAUUAGAUGAGUCGUACGAUAAGAACACUUCCCCGGAACCACAAGAAAGUGUUAACGAAGAGGCUAGUUAUGGCAAUGAUAAUAAUGAAAGUUUCAAAGAGCAAGAGGGCAGAGAACCCAUAACUGAGACAAAUGAAGUUGGAGCUCCAGGUCUUUACGACGAAAGUGACGCCGUGGACACUAGUUUUUCAAUAGCACCUCCAGCUGAAAAUAAUUUCGAGCCUCCAGCCGCUCAAGAAGAACACGUCACUGAAACUGCAGAGAGCUCAAAAUCAAUUGAUAUGUUCAAUUCAGAAGAAAGUAAUACUCAAAAAGAAAUUACAGAAGCACUGAGCGCAGAGAUCAACGAAGGGCUUGCUUGA